AUGCGCACGUUUGCGGUGAACUUUGUCAAAACGCCGUGCUCGACGUCAAAUCGAAAUGUGCUUCCCCAUCGUCACGGGAAACAACAACCUUCUUGGACGACGACGGACACGAAGAACGACAGAAACAACAACAACAACAGUACUACGGGGAAACGAGGGUCGAUUUCAAUCGUCCCUCGCUCAGAUAACGGCGCGUACCCGCACACGUUAUCCACGGCGAUUAAAGAUCCAAUCACCCCGCACGGGCCUCGCUUUUACGAGUACGGCGGGUUUGACAUCGACCCAGAGUUGCAACACAAUCGCAAGGCGUACAUAAACGAACGCAUCGACGUGGUCACGAAACAUUUUCCGAACGCGAUCGGGAUGGAUGAUUUCUUAUUUCGCACGGAAGUUAUGCUUCGAAGAUUUGGGUUUACCGCGGACAACAGCAUCGCGUUGACGUCGUUGUGUCGAGACGAAAUCACGUUUCCGCUCAAGACGGCUAUUCACGACAUUUUCGGGUACUCGUUGGACGUGGACGGUUUGGGCGGGGUGAUUACCGCCGGGACGACCGGGUUGGGAGCGGGCUUUUCGCACGCGCCGAUUGAUUUUGCCACUGGGAGAGAGAGGUACGUUCUGUUUGCGUUGCCUCACAUCGCGAUCGAUGCGGAAGGGAAGAUUGGAUCGGUCAUUCGAAGCGGUCGGGCGCAGCAGUCGUGCGCCUGCGGGGCUUUGGUCAAAAUGCAACCGAUGUUUAAGCAAUAUAAAGAAGGGACGUUGAACAGAGAGAGCGAGGAGACGUGUUGGCACGACCCGUUAGAUCCGGAGUUUUCUAUUUUAACCAAUAGAAUGAUGAAAGCUAUAGAUAAAGAGGAUAUUCCGGAUAAAGGUUUGGGUCUCGUCGAGGUCACAAAGUUGGCGAAUAGAGUUAUCCAAAGCGACAUGGCGGAUUUAAUCGAGAAAACCGUGGACGUGGAGAAAGCGGAUUACGCCGUCAUUACUGGCAUUCAAAUUCACUCCACAAGAGUCGCGAAAUCGAAGGUGUGGCACCCACACUUGGAAUUUAUCGCGCCGACGAGCAUGUACAUCGUCAACAACGGGAUCAAACACACGAUGGAUAUCAUGGGCAUCGAUCCGCCGACGCCGAGGCAAUUGUUUAAAAUCGGAGCCGGGGAAGUUAUUUACGAGUUACCGAAACCCAAAGGAGGCGGAUGGUUUUAG